AUGGAGAACAUAUCUACGCCACGGAUUCUUUCUUCUAAUAUGCCGCAUGCCCCUUCUCGCACCUCAUCUGUUGUUUCUCCUUAUAUGUUAUUUUCUCGCAAAUGGAUACGCUUCCGUUCGUCCGAUGAGGCUGACGUGCCAGUUUUCUGUAUUCGAGCCAACAAGAACCUGCAGGUAGAAGGCCUCAUUAUGAAUAUCGCUAAUUCUGAAUUGCUAGCCGCACCAAUUGACACUGGUACGGACACCUGGCGACCCGAAUUAUGCGUGGCAUGCACGGACCAUCAAAUCGUGUAUCAGGACCUGAUACACGGGGUAAUUGGUACAGUA